AUGUCAUCAUCAUCAAGUUUGGAUCAGUUUGUUUUGGAUAUGGUGAAGAAAGUGGAAAAAGUUGUUAUGCUGUUACGAACAAUUGAGGAGUUUAACAAAUGGAUCAGAUUUAUCAAAAUAAGUAUAAAUUUAGUUAAGAAAGCAAUUAAAAAUAAAUCUCAUCAUAUUAAACAUCGUAAUAGAAUUGAAACGGGUUUAGGUCUUUUAAAUUAUCACAAGCAGAAUUUGAAAUAUCAAAAAUUAUUAAAACAAAGAGAACAUUCAAACAAACAUUCAAAAAAUAAUACUAAUAAUAAUUUAAUAUGGCGUGAUUUAGAGUCAAGUUUUAAUAAUAGAAUCAAAACUGGUGUAAUUAUUAAUUUAAAUUUUAAAGAUCCUAAAAUAUUUUUGAAAAAACCAUUUAGAAGUUUUUCUCUAAAAAUUAAAGAGGCACUAAAACAAUCACUUUUAAAAGACAAUACCAUAUUUUUAGCAAAUUUUAUUAAACCACAUAAUUUAGAAACUGAUAUUAAACAUUUUGCAACAAAAAACGAAAUAAUUGACCAUACUACUAAUUUAAAAGAGUGGUAUGAGGAACAUGUCAUUAAUAAAAUAUUAUCAAAAAUUGAAGAUUUUCAAGAGAGAGAUUCAGGAUUUGCAUUGUACAAAAUUUUGAAUUUAAAAGUAAAUAUAAAUCAGUACAUACCCAUAGCCGUAGGUUGUUCUAGUUACAUAGAAUUACCUGAAUUUAUUAAAAAUAAAAAAUGUUGUAUUAAUAUUCAAAGCAAUGAUAAUUACUGUUUCCUUUGGUGUGUUGUGGCAUAUUUGUUUCCUGUACAAUCAAAUACAAAUUCUAGUAGAAUAUCCUCAUAUCCUCAUUUUACAAAUGUUCUAAAAUAUGAUAACAUUAAUUUCCCAAUGAGAUUAAAAGACAUAACAAAAUUUGAAAAAUUAAAUGAGAUAUCUAUCAAUGUUUUUGGUAUUUUUGAACACAACAGCAUAGCACCAGUCUGUUUAACUCCUGGAUUAUCAUUGGAUGCAUGUCUUAAAAUUACUGAAAUAGAAAUUGAAUUAUUAGAUGAUGUAGAUAAAGUAAUGUUUAUUGAACGUGGUCUUAGAGGAGGAAUUUCACAAGUAUCCAAUAGAUAUGGUAAAGCUAAUAACAAAUAUAUGGGUAAAGACUAUAAUGAACAAGAUCGUGAUUCAUAUUUAAUAUAUUGGGAUUUUGUAAAUUUAUAUGGCACAAUAAUGUGUUUUUCUCUACCUUAUGGAGGUUUUGAAUGGAUAGAUCCCAAUGAGAUGCCAGAUAUUACAACUGUUGAUAAAAACUCUGAUAUUGGAUAUAUAUUAGAAUUUGAUAUUAUUUAUCCAAAAGAAAUAUUUAACAGACACAAAGAUUUACCCUUAUGUCCUGAACAUUUAGUUCCUCCAAAAUCAACAUCCAAAUUAACAAAAUUAUUAACAACUUUAUUUGAUAAAAAAAACUAUAUAAUUCAUUACAGAGCACUUCGGCAAGCAAUAACACUAGGUUUAAAAGAGGACAAAAUACACAGAGUCUUAAAAUUUAAUCAGGCACCUUGGGUGAAAAAAUAUGUUGAUUUGAAUACAGAACUUAGAAAACAAAGCAAAAAUGAAUUUGAAUCAAAUAAUUACAAACUGAUGACCAAUUCCUUCUUCGGGAAGACUUGUGAAAAUGUCCAUUUAUCUAAAGUUUGGUUAUACGACUUUCAUUAUAAUUAUACCAAAACCAAAUUUGGAGAAAAAGCAAAACUCCUUUACUGUGACACUGACUCUUUGAUUUAUCAUAUUUUCGAGGAAAAUAUAUAUGAGCAUAUGAGAGCUGAUAUAAAUAAGUUUGACACAUCAAACUUUUCAGUAAAUAAUGUCUAUAACAUACCACUAUAUUGCUUAUUUCAUCACACUGUUACGAACGCUACCCAAAAUCUUAUCAUUUCUAAAAAACAUGAGGUUUACACAAUUCAACAACAUAAAGUUGCAUUGAAACCUACUGAUGAUAAACGAAUAGUUAAUUAUUUUGAAACUGACACUCUCCCUUGGGGAUGGGAAGAAUAA